AUGAUUGAGUCAGUCAAAAUAAGAAGACAGUGCAUGCUGGAUUUCUACUCACAUUAUGAACAUCUUUGUGCUCUUCAAGGCUCUGUCCCAUUGAAAGCUGUCAAGGUUAACAUGGCUCAGGGCGCUCUUGAUGUAACUGUAGAUCGCAUCAAAGCUGCUGAUUGGGCACCACUUCUGAAUGCUAUCAGGCAUAAUAAGACUCUGGCUUCUAUUGGAAUAAGAAGUUUUCAUCAACAGGGUCUUGGAGAAUCAGGUGUUGAAAGAUAUAAAACUUACUUUAAAAGGAGAAUUCCAGCAAUUCGAUCAAAAGACUUGACUGGCCAACUAUGCAAAGCUGUCAAAGGCUGUCUCAGUAUAUCAGAUGUACUAAAAAAUUUAGAACUGCAGGGUUUGCUUCUGAGAGAGAGAGAUCUAAUGCUUUUAACAAAGGGCUUGGCCACAGCUUCAUCUCUGGAGAGUGUCUCUUUAGCCCACUGUCCAAUUGGAGAUGGAGGAUUAGAAACAAUCUGUCAGAGCGUAAAGAAUUCAGCUACCAUCAGAUAUGUAAACUUCACAGGUUGUAGCCUCACAUGGCGAGGGGCAGAACAGAUAGCAAAUGUAUUAAAGCACCAGGCCAUGAAAAGACACAGUGAAGCUUGGGCUGAGAGCCUACGUUACAGGAGACCUGACCUUGACUAUAUGACUGGAUUGAGGCGCAUUACUUUCAACUGCAACAUGCUUGUUGGAGAUAGAGGAGCAAGUGCCUUUGCAGACUGUCUAGGAGAGGACCUUUGGCUAAAAGCACUUGAUUUGCAGCAGUGUGGAAUAUCCAAUGAAGGAGCAAGGUCACUAUUAGAUGCUCUUCAAACUAAUACAACAUUAGUGGUACUUGACAUAAGAAAAAAUCCAUUAAUUGAUCGCGUUAUGAUGAAAAACAUUAUUGAAAGAGUUCUUAUGAAUGGAGGUAGUGCUAAUUCAGAG